AUCAAUCUAUUUAUGAUUACUGUGUGAUCACUGAAGAAUGUAAAGAAUUUCUUUGGGUUUUAAAAAAUUAUUCUAGUAUACCUCAUCAUAUUAGUGCAUUUCUUAGUGAAGAAAUCAUUAAGAUUGUCAAAAAUAUAG